AUGCAAGGCUCCCCAUCAAUUUACUUCCGUUGCCGUUCCUUAUUCCAAUUUUAUGAACGUCCUGAACGAUGGCUAAACGGAGGGCUCAAUGGCCUAAUGACAAGAAGGUUUAGAAGUGGGGGCAGCUCAGGAAGCGGCGGCGACUACUCCAAGCCAUCGACGCAUAAGUUUUCCCCUGGUCGACCGCCUCAAAGGAGGCAGCAAGCCCAAACACCACUUCAUGUUGAUGAAGUAGUCGAAUACUUCGAAAGUCGCGUCAAAUCCUGGGCUAGGUCGCCGCGCCUCCACCAACGGUUAGAUGACUUUGGCAUUCCUUCCCCCGACGCUCAGAACCUCCUUCAUGAGUUUACUCAAAGGGUGCAGCGCGGAGAGCUUUCCACGCCUGAAAUACGAGAGAAAUACUACCUGGACAGGCUAUCGAAGAAUGCGGCUGACCUACCGAUUGGCACACUCGCCGAUCGAGUAUACACAAACGUUCUGUUCUCUUGGGCAACGGACCCCGCCAAUCGACAGUUUUUGGACACCAUCAUCUCCCCUUCCACUCUCGACUCUAUUGAGAACCUUGUCACGGCAGUAGACGCGUCUUACCCCGCGGAAAACUUCCAACUUGCUCGCAGGAUGCGUCGGAAGGUAAUUAUGCACGUCGGCCCAACAAACAGCGGGAAGACAUAUAACGCGUUGCGUGCUUUAGCAGCGGCUCGAGUUGGCAUCUACGCUGGUCCACUCCGACUUCUCGCCCAUGAAAUCUGGGAACGCCUCAAUCUGGGCCAAAUUCUUCCGCUGGGAGCUGAAAAUGAACCAACAGAAGAUCUCGUAGACGAUACCAUCGAUGUUGGCGAUGGAAAACCAGCUGUGCAUAAGAACGGAGAUCCUCGAUACGCUAGGUUGUGCAAUCUCAUCACUGGAGAGGAACAGAAGUUCGUCUCGGAUCUCGCACCGUUGACCAGUGCCACGGUCGAAAUGAUCUCAUUCCAUCAAAAAUACGACGUUGCUGUGGUUGAUGAAGUGCAGAUGCUAGCUGAUGAAUACCGCGGUGGCGGCUGGACGAACGCCAUCCUAGGGAUAGCAGCGAAAGAACUGCAUCUUUGCGGAGAGGAAACGGCAGUCCCCAUCGUCGAGGCUAUGCUGAAGGGCACUGGCGAUGAAUUAAUCGUGAAUCGUUACCAGCGUCUAGCACCUCUAAGCAUCGAACCCCAUAGUCUACGCGGCGAUCUAUCGAAAAUUCGGAAAGGCGAUUGCAUGGUGACCUUCUCUCGCAAGGGUGUCUUCGGUCUCAAACGGAAGGUCGAGGAAGUCACUGGCCUGCGGUGCGCGGUCGUUUACGGCAGAUUACCCCCAGAGGUCCGGAAUUCCCAGGCAGCCCUAUUCAAUGACCAGGACAGCGGCUACGAUGUCUUGAUAGGCAGUGACGCUAUCGGCAUGGGCCUCAACUUAAAAAUCAAAAGAGUUAUCCUCGAAUCCGUGGACAAAUUCGAUGGUGUGCAGGAGCGCCCUCUUUCGCUUUCGCAGACUAAGCAGAUAGCCGGCCGUGCUGGGCGGUAUGGUGCCCAUAAGGAUGGCGACGAGAAUGUUGGCCUUGUUGCUACUGUACGGGAGCAAGACAUGCCCUUCCUCCGUCGCGCCAUCGCGGCUCCCUUCGAACCCUUGAAAGCCGCCAGGCAGAACCCCACCCUAGCAUCGUGGCAAGAGGCUGCAACCGCCCUCCCACCUGGCGCAAGCUUCCGCACGAUGAUCGAUGUACACCGCUUCUGCGCCCGCACCAAUCCUAUUUUCGAGUUCUGCGAAAUCAACAACAUCGACACCAUCUCCGAAUUCGUGGACACUUACGCCUCCGAUUUUACGACGGCGGAGAAGUUCACAAUCGUGAUGGCGCCGAUACCGUGGCGGGACAGGCGGCUCAUCGAGGUCAUCGGAGACUUCAUGACCAAGUAUCGGGAGAAGUUCCAGGUCGAUCUUGUCAGUUGCUUGGAGGAGACCAUGUAUAUCAAGGCAUUGCGAGAGACGGAGGUAAAAAUGACAGAAGGUGGGCAACCCAAGUCCAACGUUCAAGCCCUCGACGUCCUCGAGACCCUCCACAAGAUCUUGGUACUGUAUAUGUGGAUGAGUAUGCGGCAUCCUGUGGCAUGGAGCUCACACGACGACGUAAGCAAGCUCAAGGCGAGGACAGAGGUCGCCCUUGAGUGGUCCUUAGAGGGACUGACGGAGGCGCAGGAGCUGAUGGGACAUCACGUUGGACGCGAACCACGCAAAGAGAAGAUCUCGUUUUCCAAGAGACGGGACCGCAAAAUCGUGCUCCCAUGA